AUGAUUUUCACUUCAUUAACAAAAAUUUUAAAUAAAUCCUCAUCGUCAGCCUUAAAUAAAACCUUUGAUAUCAAUUCGAAAUCAAUUUCAAUUAAUUUUGAAAAAUCUAAUAAUCAAAGUACUAUUAUUUUAAAUAAUCCACUUGGUAACAAAGGUGGUAUAUCAAGAACUUUUAAUUAA